ACGAAAGGAACGCGUGUUUAGUUUACAAGAAUCGAUCCACCUAGCCACCUUGAUUCCUCAUCUCGAUUAUAAAUCUCGUGUGUUCGAAAUUAAUUAAGAGAAAAGAAGAGAAAAAAGUUUAUUUAAAAAAAAGAAAUCUGCUCAACUUAAAAAGAAAAAAGAAAAGAAUAUAAAAAAAUAACUAAGUGAAUCGGUGUGCAUUCGUAAAUACACAGUGCAAAUUCAACUUAUAUUUUAAGAAUUAAAAAGGAACAAAUAAAUAAACUAUCACUGGACAUUUUAAAUAGAAUUUUUUUUUUAAUUUAAAAUUGAAAGCUCGUGUCAAAUUCUUAUAAUUCUUAUCAAAAGAUUGGAUUAAAAAAAUUUAAGAACACGUUCAAGAUCCAAGAUCUUCAAUUGUCCAAGAUCACUUUUAAUCCCCAUUGGUGGACCUCGAUCGAGGUCGAAGUUCUCCAACAUGCUGUCCCAACGAAGGAUAACGAUCUGUGCGGUGAUUUUUGGAUUGUUCUCCGGCGAACUGGUGUCCUGUGAUAAGGAACAAAGCAGAAACGCCGCAUUGAACGAGCCCGACUUCGAAAUUCCUGAAUACAUAUUACCCUGCAGUAGGUCAGAUCCCAAGAUAGACGUGUGCUUUCAGAAUACAUUGAAUCAUCUACAGCCAUAUUUGCUGAAAGGUAUUCCUGAACUGGACUUGCCCCCGAUCGAACCGCUGAUCAUCCCUGAACUGGGAAUGGAGAACGGCCAAGGGGCUGUUCGCGUCAAGGCAUUGUUCUCAAAUAUCACGGUUAUAGGAGCUGGAAAUUACUCGUUAACGAAGUCACGAGUCGACGUGAAAACUUACAGGCUUGACGUUCAUUUGGCAUUCCCGAAGAUCGAACUUCAAGGCCGUUACGAGGUCGUGGGAAACGUGUUGCUCUUCCCCAUUCAGAGCCACGGCGAAUUUUGGGCCCUUUUCGGUGAUGUCCAGGCGGUCGGUCGUAUCCAGGGCGCGGAGGAGAUCCGCGAUGGGGUUCGUUACUUGAAAGUGGCGCGGAUGCUGGUCGAUUUCGAUCUUGGCCGCGCCCGUUUCCGGGUGGUCGAUCAAUUGAACGGCGACAACGUGAUCGGCCAAGCGAUGAACCAGUUCCUCAACCAGAACGCGAAGGAGAUCAUCGAGGAGAUGAGACCGGCAGCGAGCGCCAGUAUCGCGAAACACUUUAAGAAUUUCCUUGGCAAAGCUUUGAACAAGGUCCCGUUGAAAGUUUGGCUUCGUGACACGUAGCUCCACCCUCGUUCUCUUUUCUUUUGAGAACCAUCCUCCUUUUUUUUUCUUUUUUUUUCUUUUUUUUUUAAUUUUUCACUUUCCUGAAACGAUUUUACACGCGGACGUGGAAUUGGAACGUCGGAAUCGAUGAGAGUCAAAGGUGAGAAUGGGGAAGGAUGUGAUCAAGAUCGAUGGAUCUCGACGGACAGAUUAUUUUGACGAUUUCAAAGUGUGCAUUGAUGUGGAUUGAAGAAGAAGAAUGAUAUUAAUUAGGGGAAAUUUAUCGUUUUUUAAGGAUUUAUACGAAUCGAGGUGGUGUUUGAGUGAAGUUGUUUUUGGUCGUUUGAACUUUGGUUGAAAGAAUUUUUUCUUUUUUUUUUUUUUUUUUUUACUUGUUUUAAAAGUGAAAUUUUGGAAAGUUUUUCUUUCCUUAGGAUGAUUCCUUUCUAUCUACCUUUAAUUUUUCUUUCUUAAUUUCAUUCUAUUUAUGAUCUUUAUAAUUUUCAGGCAAACGUCUCUGUAUUGUACUAUUUCCCGUUGUAUUUCAAUAACAAAAAACAAAUGUCUAGUAUUAUUGUUAUUAUUUAUCGUUAAUUUCAAUUGCAACGCAGUGAUCUUUCAUUGUCGAUGAUGUACGUGCAUUAAAGACAAUUAUUGCUGAUCUAAAAA